UUGUCUAUUCGCCACCCGAAACCAGCUGCUUCAGCUCCAGCCUGACUCGCGAAUCGUUUUAUCUGGCAGCUAUCACUCCACGGCGUUAUGACUGUUGUUCUCAGAUCAACAGGCCGUAACACUCCGAUCUCCCCAGAAUUGCUUUGACACGGCCUCCGAAUUGCGUUUCUUGGACCUGAGCUAGCUGUCAGGCGGCACUGACUUUGUGAUUCAAUGUUCUACAGCGCCCUAUGGAGUCAUAUAGCAUUCACCGCUCUAGUUCUUAGUGUUAUAUCCCCGUUGCUUCAAGGGAGGGCUUUUCGCAGUACAAGUAACAGCUCACAAAUUAUUGCUAGUAACUCACUGCCUAUAGUCGAUCGAUACAAACUGCUAAAAACUACGUUGGUACCAAUUCGUUCUGUUGAUCUUCUCGAAAAGAUCUUGCCUGGUGAUAAUCGGCGGAUGGAGAUGUG